UCGAGGCGUCGGACAUGCUGAAGCCUGGAGAGCCGGGCGGCUCAGCCUUCCUCAAAGUGGACCCAGCCUACCUGCAGCACUGGCAGCAACUCUUUCCCCACGGCGCCGGCGGCCCGUUCAAGGGCGGAGGCCCCGCCGGCCCCCUGGGCGCGCCGCAGCCUCUCCAGCCGCCACCGCCGCCGCCGCCCCCGGAGCGCCCCGAACCCCCACUCGACAGCCUGCGCCCGCGACCCGCCUCGCUCUCCUCCGCCUCGUCCACCCCGGCCUCCUCGUCCUCCUCGUCCUCCGCCUCGGCCUCCUCUGCCUCCUCGUGCGCCGCGGCCGCCGCCGCUGCCGCUGCCGCCGCGGCGCUGGCGGGGCUCUCGGCCCUGCCCGUGGCGCAGCUGCCCGUGUUCGCGCCCCUGGCCGCCGCCGCGGUGGCCGCCGAGCCGCUGCCCCCCAAGGACCUGUGCCUCGGCGCGGCCUCGGGCCCAGGGCCCGCCAAGUGCGGCGGCGACGGCCGGGGCGCCGCGCGCUUCCGCUGCAGCGCAGAGGAGCUGGACUAUUACCUGUACGGGCAGCAGCGCAUGGAGAUCAUCCCACUCAACCAGCACGCCAGCGACCCCAACAACCGUUGCGACAUGUGCGCGGACAACCGCAACGGCGAGUGCCCGAUGCACGGGCCGCUGCACUCGCUGCGCCGGCUCGUGGGCACCAGCAGCGCCGCGGCCGCCGCGCCCCCGCCGGAGCUGCCCGAGUGGCUGCGGGACCUGCCGCGCGAGGUGUGCCUGUGCACCAGCACCGUGCCGGGCCUGGCCUACGGCAUCUGCGCGGCGCAGAGGAUCCAGCAGGGCACGUGGAUCGGGCCCUUCCAGGGCGUGCUCCUGCCCCCGGAGAAAGUGCAGGCAGGCGCCGUGAGGAACACGCAGCAUCUCUGGGAGAUAUAUGAUCAAGAUGGGACACUUCAGCACUUUAUUGAUGGUGGGGAGCCUAGUAAGUCGAGCUGGAUGAGGUAUAUCCGAUGUGCGAGGCACUGCGGAGAACAGAACCUAACAGUAGUUCAGUACAGGUCGAAUAUAUUCUACCGAGCCUGUAUAGAUAUCCCCAGGGGUACCGAGCUUCUGGUGUGGUACAAUGACAGCUAUACGUCUUUCUUUGGGAUCCCCUUACAAUGCAUUGCCCAGGAUGAAAACUUGAAUGUACCCUCCACGGUCAUGGAAGCCAUGUGCAGACAGGACACGCUGCAGCCAUUCAGCAAGAGCAGCAAGCUGCCCGCCGCCUCCCAGCCCCGCUCUGUCGUCUUCCCGCAGACUCCCUGCAGCAGGAACUUCUCGCUGCUGGACAAGUCUGGGCCCAUGGAAUCGGGCUUUAACCAGAUCAAUGUGAAGAACCAGCGAGUGCUUGCCAGCCCCACCUCCACCAGCCAGCUGCACUCGGAGUUCAGUGACUGGCACCUGUGGAAGUGCGGCCAAUGCUUCAAGACCUUCACGCAGCGGAUCCUACUGCAGAUGCACGUGUGCACCCAGAACCCAGACAGACCCUACCAGUGUGGUCACUGCUCCCAGUCCUUUUCCCAACCUUCAGAGCUGCGGAACCACGUCGUCACACACUCCAGUGACCGACCCUUCAAGUGCGGCUACUGCGGUCGAGCCUUUGCCGGAGCCACUACCCUCAACAACCACAUCCGAACCCACACUGGAGAGAAGCCCUUCAAGUGCGAGAGGUGUGAACGGAGCUUCACACAGGCCACCCAGCUGAGCCGACACCAGAGGAUGCCCAAUGAGUGCAAGCCGAUAACCGAGAGUCCGGAAUCAAUUGAAGUGGAUUAACUGAUUGACUGGUUGGAAUUAAACUGCAAGGAAAGUCAUGAUUAAAUGUCACGGACACUUAAGCAAAACCAAAGAUUUCCUCUGAGCAACUUUCAAUCAGUCCCAGAAAACCAAAAGCCGUAAUAAAAUAAGUAAGAUGUUAAGAGAUAUUGAUCCCGGCGUGGAAGUCAGACCAGGAAACAGAUUAUUUAUUUAUGAGUGGGAAUGAGACUCAUUUCAGUGGACCGUGGACCAGGGGUGGCCGAACAUUUGCAGUCCUCCCACCGUGUAUUUGCUUUGUUUCUAAAAAGCUUUUUAAAGAAUUGUUAUUUAAUACCAAAGGGAGGAAUGGGUGUGGGCUGCUGUGCCCACAGUUGCAACUAAGAAUGCACAGGGACUUGGAUCUUGUGGCACCUUUUUUUUUUUUUUUUUUUUAGCAUGUUUCAAGGGGACUUGGUAUAGAGCCCUGCCUCCUGCUGUUUCAAUUGGGCCUGACCUGCUGCUAAGUGCCCUGACACUGGGCGGAGGCAGAGGCGAAAGAGAGAGUCUCGCCCACGCCGUGUGUGCCCAUGUUUGCCAUGCUCGCUUCUCAUGAGUUUUUUUUCCCAACAGCUUGGUCUUGAAGAAGCAGGCGAGCUGUGAUGAGGAGCCGAGAGCUUUCACUUUCCGAUUGCAAAGGAAGAGGUUGGGGCAGGGGAGGGAGGGGUUGUCCUUCGUGCUGUCUGGAUUUCCCAACUGUUAAAAAUAUACGGGGCUUUAUCAUGCGGUAUAUUGCUCUGAAUA